AUGCGACCACAUGACAUCAUUCUUGCUGCUAUUGCCGUCUUCUUAUUCAGUGGCGUUGUGAAUUGUGCGAUAAUGAACGACGAUCGUAAUCGUUUAAGAGAAAAUACCCAUGAGUCGCGAAGGAGCUCAUUCAACAUUCACGACAUACACGAUUUUAUCGAUUAUUUGGAAGAUAUUGAGAAGGUGACCCACUAUCACAAUGAAAUGCAAGAAAAAUUUACUACGUGGUGUCUUGAAGACCAUCAUGGUCUUCAUAAGCCAAUUCGUGGAAAGAAAAACUUAAAAAAGAAGCGAAAUCCGGUGUUGGAGGCGGCAUACAACAAGUUAAUGAAGUCCAAGCUUUCGCACGCACUGCAAGACCGAUUUGUGAGCUCAUUAGCGGUAGCUUGUUGCCCUACUAUGGAUUUAAUUGCAGUUCUUACUCUCGAUCAUCAUCUUCUUGUACAUCGUACAACCUCAUGGCAGAAGUUGCUACACAUUAAACCAUCAGAUGUUGGCUUUGAAAUGGUUAAAAUGGUUUGGAAACCCGAUGGUCUUCAACUUGCUGUUGGUGGCAACGAAGGAAAUGUGGCAAUUUAUGAGAUAGAGUCAGGAGAAAGUCUACCAAAAAGACGCAGUAGUUUCUGUCAUACAAGUUCUAUCACCGCAAUGGAUUGGAUCUGUGUACAAGUUUCCGGUUUUGACGCACAAAAUAGCCAGCGAUGUCGAAAAAGUAUUGCUUCAAACUCUCAGUCUAAAGUUCAGUUUCAAGAUCGAUCAACUCGCUUUCUAGAGGAUUUGGAGAGUGAAAGUAGAGCUGACAAAACAGUUUUAGUCAGUGCAGAUGAAAAAGGAUUUAUUGCUUUAUGGUGGUAUGGAAGAGUGCUGAUGACGCGUUUUGAUGUGAGCAAACAUUUCACUGAGGAAGAGUAUAGAGUUAUGGAAACAAUGGGUUACCAGCGGGAGGAGUCGAAUGGUUUUUGUAUUGAAAAGGUGAAUCUUGCCCCGGAUUUUUCCGUCUUGUUGAUUAUAAUUGUAUUUCGCAGUCAGACGAACGAGCUAGAGGAUAACGCGAUAGAAGGCCAGUCAGGAAAAAAGAUACAACGGGUGCUCACUUUAAACAUGAAAGCAAUCCAGUCUAUCUAUGAAGACAUGGAUUUCGUGGCAAGUACAGUUGAUCGUAAUCACUCAAUUGUGACGAAAAUUUUUGCCGGUGGUCGCCAAAUGGUCACGGAAUGGAAAAAUGCUAUGCGUCUUUUUGAAUUAAAGGUUGGACUCAUGGGGCCACUCUAUGAGAAGUACGCUUGCGAGGACUCACCACAAGCAGACAUGCUGUCCUUGGCUGUGACUGGUAUUACUGCACCUGCGUUAGCCCAGUACUUUGCGCAAGAUAUUCAAGAGAUGAGCGUACAUCGCAUGCAAAAAGCGCUAUUUGAUGGAUGUGAAAUUGUAAGAGUGCUUGCUGAUGAAAAUAUGAAGAGUGACUUGGUCAAAUUCCUAUUUCUUGUGUCGGAAUUACGUGGUCAUCUCAAGUGGGAUUCACAGACUUAUGUGAACGCAAUCGGUAUCAAAGUAGAUGCUCUGGAUGAUCUGGUGCAGAUCACGCAGAAUCUUCUCGUGGAAAUGGAGACACUGACGCUGGCGCUACACGAGACUCGCCAAGACUUUUCUUUAUUCUUUCAAUGGAUUCUCGAGCGUAUUCGUUUUCACACAAGCUCUUCGCAAUCCGAAGGAAACACAAGUUCUCAUGCUCGCGACGCGGGAGGUUCAUCCGGUACAAAAUCGCUUUUAAACCUGCGGCGUCUUUGCGAUUUCUUAGACCACGCGGCUCAAGUCGCAAAAGAAUUUAGAAAACAUCAACAGAAUGGUGGUGUAUAUACAGUUGAAACUACAUUUGGAAAUUCAGUGUCACAACACCUAUCAAUGGAAUCAAAUACACAGACGAAUGAGGUGAUGAAUACCUCGACAGGUUGCCUUUUCCUCAUUCACAGUCUUCAGGAAACAUGGUUCACUAUGCUUGAUGCGAUCGGUGGAAGACUUGCAAGAUCGGUUAAUACUUCUGAUUGUGAUUUUACAAUUUUAAUUGGAUUUCGACUACGAUCGGGUGAUUUACUACUGGUGAAACAGGGAUUUGAUUUUUAUGGAGAUGUAUCAAAUAAAAGACCAGAACGACUUGCUUUCGUCGUCGAUCAUGUAAAUGCUGACCAAGUGCUUGAAAGAUGGCUUUAUCUUCAUCAAUACGAUCAUAUUCAUUUCUCACGCUUUGAUCCCGCAGCUUUUCUUGAGUCUGCCAAAAUUCACGACCAAAGUCACACGUUUCAACUUGACCAGCUUCGAAGGAGAAAAGUUGCUUCGUUACCUGCGGUACACUCUAACAAAGGAUCGACUUCUGUGAUUGCAACCGCGUCUCGUGGUAUUUUGUGCAUUAUUCUUUCCCCAAGUCGAUUGAUUGUAUACGAUGCAGAAGAUGACGAGGAUGAAGAGGAGAAAGCUGGUUGCGACUAA